CUAUGGCCGCUAUAUAAAUUCUGUCGAAGCAUUAAGCUAAAAAAUCUCAUGAAUCAUGAUUACAAACUCAAGAACUGAAAACCCACCACCAAACCCAAAAAUCAAACCUAAAUCAUCGCACCAAUCCCAUCACCACUAGCUUGUACCAGUACCACCACCAUCAGCAGCAACUGUACAUCAAAAACCAGCACAAAAAAUGAGACAAGAUGAGUUCAUGUAAUAAUAAUAAUGAUGAUGAUGAUGAGACAAGGCAGCUCAAGAUGUGAAGACUGUGGAAAUCAAGCCAAAAAAGAUUGCAUUCAUAUGAGAUGCAGAACUUGCUGCAAAUCUAAAGGUUUUCAGUGCCGAACACACGUUAAAAGUACUUGGGUUCCGGCUUUUACACGGCGACAAAGAUCUUCUUCUUCUGUUUCUAUUCAACCACAGUACCACCUUCUUCAAGAUCAUCAACUACAAAACCCUAAAAGAUUCAGACAAAAUCCUUCUACAGGGAAAUUUCCUGCUCAAGUGAACUCCAUAGCUACAUUUCGUUGCUUUAAAGUGAGCUCAAUAGACGAAGGAGACGACCAGAUUGCGUAUCAGACAAGUGUGAGCAUUGGAGGCCAUGUUUUUAAGGGUAUCCUUUAUGAUCAAGGUCCUGAAAGGUCCUCCAGUUUGCAGUUUCAAGAUCAAGAACCUAACAAUAAUAAUGCUGGGGCUGGGGCUGGGGGCGGUGCCCUAACAACUGGUUAUAAUAGUACUAGUUUAGGACAUUUAGCGUCAACAUCUUCAGUUGCUGCUGCAGAUUCAGCUCCUCCUUCUUAUCUUUUUCCCCUUAAUGCUUUCAUGUCUGGUACGCAACUUUUCUUGCACCCUAAAUCUUAGGGCAAAAAUAAAUUAUAACUUAAAAAAAAAACAGAUGUUUUGUUCAAUAACAUAUAAUAUUACCCCUUUAUCAUCAUUAUAACAUUUGCUAUUGUGUGUUUAUGUUAUUGGUGGCAACUUAUAAACUAGAAGAAAUAUAAAGUAAGAAGGUUUCAUA